UUUCAUUUCCUCUCCAUUCAGAGUUUCAUAUAUUAAAAAAACCUAUUUUGGGUUGAUCCAAAGACAGCCAUGGCUUUCGGAGCGAUGGAGGCUGCAACUUCCAUAAUCCCAUCUUAUCCUUCGCCUUAUCCCAAAUCACAGUCCUUCAAUGGACCUUUGUACUCUUCAAUUAGCUUCCGCAUUUCCCGUUCUGCCCCUGCGGCUUCUCUGAAAUCCACUCUUUCCGGCCACCAUCUUCUUCCACCUUCACGGCCCACCGGAAACCAUGGCUUCCAAUUGCACGCGGCUGCGGAAAGUGUAGCCGUAGAGGCACCGGUGGAAAAAUCCCUAAAGGCCCCGAACAAAAGAAAGCUUUUUGUGCUCAACUUGCCCUGGUCUUACUCUGUUGCUGAUAUAAAGAAGCUGUUUGGUGAAUGUGGAUCUGUUGAAGACGUUGAGAUUAUAAAGCAUAAAGAUGGGAAAAAUAGAGGCUUUGCAUUUGUGACAAUGGCUUCUGGGGAAGAAGCUCUGGCUGCAAUAGAGAAAUUUGACGCUUAUGAAUUGGUUGGUAGGAUUAUCAGAGUACAGUUUUCCAAGAAGUUUAAAAGACCUCUUCGAAAAGAUCCUGUGAGCCUUCCACAGGGAGAAACUCGAUAUAAGCUUUAUGUGUCCAAUCUUGCAUGGAAAGUGAGGUCCACCAAUCUUCGGGAUUUCUUUACUUCUUCUGACUUCAAUCCUGUUUCGGCUAGAGUCGUAUUUGGUAGUCCUUCAGGAAGUUCAGCUGGAUAUGGGUUCGUGUCUUUCGCAACAAAAGAGGAAGCAGAAUUGGCAAUUGCUUUACUAGAUGGGAAGGAAUUGCUGGGAAGACCAAUUCGUUUGAAAUUCAGUGAAAAGAUGACUGAGGAGGCAGCUUCUGAAAGCAAAGAAGAUGAAUCGAGCGAACAACAGCACCAAGAACCUUAGCUUUUUUAUUCAUUUUUUUGGAUAAAGUAGGAAAACAGAUACUGACAAAUGAUUAACUUUGUCUCACGGUGGACUAGAGGUUGCUGGACAAUUUUGCAACGACUUUCAUGAUUUCGGGAAGUUAUACAAUUGGACAAAAUAAUAAGUCAAGUCGAGUUCUGAAUGAUCUCUGUUGAAGAUGAUAUUGUCCUAAUGUUGUCACGCCAAAGCUUAACUACACUGGUCCUUCAAGGCUUCAAGUAGGUAUUGCAAUUUGUUUGUUCGAAUUUUCACGAGCUCCAAGGUUGCGAUGAAGAUCGUGUAUCUCGAUACUCGGUUUUUGCUUCAAAGGAUAUGAAGACCGCCUCUUUUCGGCAAUAGGUUGUUUCAAAGGAUGGUUAGACGCCUCCUUUUCGGUGAUAGGUGAGACAACUCGGACAUGAAUCUUUGCCAAAAUCGAGUUUAUGAUACGCCCUUUUCGACAAUAGGAUUUUGCGAUAAAACUCUAAAAGAAUUCUAACACAAGAGGUUGGUGAUUGAUUUUUCAUUAAUUCAAGACAUGGACAUCUGUAUGAGUGUGUAUCGAUUCAACAAUUGAAUGUGUGUCGAGGUCGAUUCUAAAAUGGUGUGGGCACGAGUUGCGAUGUACCCUACAAUACCAUAUCAUCAAAACUUCAAAACAAGAUUUUGUUAAUUUAAUACAAAUCCACUUUGGUUAAGAGAUAAAUUGAUUUGAC